CUUCAGAGAAAUUUCACGAGGGCCACAAAAUCACGCGCCCUACCGGCGACGAUGCCGCGAGGUUAAGGGCCUUUGUCUUACGAUGUAUACGUGGAUUUCGGAGACUUCGCGCGGUGCAGCCAGAUUCCGUGUGACCUCUCGUUCGAUCGUUUACGUGCAGUCUUCCCGUGCGUAACUAGACGUACGAAGCGUUAUUUCUCGUUUACGAGUCGCGUCUCGCGUCGAUUGUUUUGCGCCUCGUAGGUUAUGUUUUGGUCUCGGAGCCCAAGCUGGACCUAUUCAAGUGGGAUCGCUUUAUGAUCCUUCUUAGCAACGAACUGUUUGCAGUAUAAAUGCCAAGCGUCAAGGAUGAGUCGGAGGGGGAAGGAGAGGAGAUGUCGCACGACAGCAAUGACAGUAACCAGAGCUCCGCGUCCUGCGACAGCAGUCCGGAGCACACUGACAGCGAUGACUCUUCGGAGAUGGACGAGGACGAGUGCGAACGAAGGCGUAACGAGUGCAUGGACAACUUGGUGGACCUGGAAAGGCAGUUUACUCUUCUCAAAGAGCAGUUGUAUCGAGAAAGGAUCACGCAGGUGGACAGCAAACUCGGGGAGGUGCGCGUCGGGAAGUCCGAGGAGUACCUGAUACCGCUGGAACGAUUGAAAGAGAACAUGAAGACGAAGACGGAGGUGGCGGGGAUACUGAAGCAGUACAGGCUGCAGAACAUCCAGAACAAGUUCAUGGCUGAGGAGCAGGCCGCCCUGCAGAACUUCGAGAGCGAGAAGGGACUGGUCUGGGACUGCAUACACAACGAUCUGCAGGAUAAGAUACGCCGGUUGGAGGAGGACAGGAACAACGUCGACAUACACGCGGAUCUGUGGCUCAACACGACCGGCAGGAGGCGCAGAAAUCACACGGAGAGGAGGCGGGCGGUCUCCGUGGCAGGUCCGUACAUCGUUUACAUGCUCAAUGAUGCGGACAUACUGGAGGACUGGGCGCUGAUAAAGAAGAGCUUGAGUAGCCGGAAACGGAAAUAAUGUGAACUCGAGAUGCGUUAUCGAGCCGCUGAGAAAUUGCUUCUCGUGUAAGCUCAGCGUUACGCUGCGGUUCAAGUGACCCAAAAUGAGAUAGCACGUUUUCAACCGUGGCAUUCAGCGCACGCUUUGUACAGAGUGCCUUGCAAAGAGAGAGACGUCGAGACAUAGUUUUUAUGUCUUUGUGAUCAGUAGUGCGCGACAAUUAUGUUGGUAAGUUACACGCGACAUGUAUUAUACAUCUAAUUCUAAUUAAUAAGGACGAAAAUAUUAACAAAAACGACAAUAGUCAUGUACAUCCAUUUUGUCAAAGGGGCUGAUUGAUAAAAUUUUACGCCUGCGA